CUACGUUUCCAGAACGUCAGAAGACCGAGACUCCACUUCUCCAUUUGAGAGAGAGAGAGAGAGAGAGAGAGAGGGAGGAAGAGAAGAAAUGGCGAGAAAUUUCUGCGAUUACCGAAUCCUUCUAAUCGUUGCUGCAGCUGCCUUCUUCUUCAUCCAGAUGCGCCUUUUUGCAACACAGUCGGAGUAUGCGGAUCGCCUAGCAUCUGCAGUGGAAUCUGAGAACCGUUGUACGAGUCAAACACGGUUAUUAAUUGACCAAAUAAGCGUGCAACAAGGAAGAAUUGUGGCCUUAGAAGAAGCAAAGAAAAGACAAGAUGAAGAAUGUGGGCAUUUGAGGGCUCUUGUUCAAGAUCUUGAAAAGAGGGGUCUACAGAGAUUGAUUGAUAAAAAAGAGGUGCAUGUAGCAGCUGUUGUGGUAAUGGCAUGCAAUCGUGCAGACUAUCUGGAAAGGACAAUCGAAUCCAUCUUAAAAUAUCAAAGCACUGUUGCUUCCAAAUUUCCGCUUUUCGUAUCACAGGAUGGGCCAGAUCAAAGUGUUAAAAGUAAAGCUUUAAGCUACAGUCAGCUAACCUAUAUGCAGCAUUUGGAUUUUGAACCAGUGCAAACUGAAAGGCCUGGAGAUAUGAUUGCAUACUACAAGAUUGCACGUCACUACAAAUGGGCACUGGAUGAAUUAUUUUACAGGCAUAAUUUCAGCAGAGUAAUUAUACUAGAAGAUGACAUGGAGAUUGCACCAGAUUUUUUUGACUAUUUUGAGGCUGCAGCAACUCUUCUCGACAAUGAUAAGACCAUUAUGGCUGUUUCAUCUUGGAAUGACAAUGGACAAAAGCAGUUUGUGCAUGAUCCAAAAGUUCUUUAUCGCUCAGAUUUCUUUCCUGGGCUUGGAUGGAUGCUUUUAAAGUCCACAUGGGAUGAGCUCUCACCAAAAUGGCCUAAAGCUUACUGGGAUGACUGGGUGAGGUUAAAAGAGGUACACAAAGAUCGACAAUUUAUUCGUCCAGAAGUUUGCAGGACAUACAAUUUCGGUGAACAUGGCUCUAGUCUGGGGCAGUUCUUCAAAAAAUAUCUGGAGCCUAUUAAGCUAAAUGAUGUCAAUGUUGAUUGGAAAUCAAUGGAUCUCAGCUACCUGUCAGAGGAUAAAUUCUCUAAGUAUUUUGCAAACCUUGUUGCGAAUGCCAAGCAUGUCCACGGAACCGAUGCUGUUUUGAAGGCAUACAAUAUAGAUGGUGAUGUGCGUGUACAGUACAAUGACCAGGCUGAUUUCGAACGAAUUGCGCACCAAUUUGGAGUUUUUGAAGAAUGGAAGGAUGGCAUUCCAAGGACAGCAUAUAAAGGAGUUGUAGUAUUCCGGUUUCAAACUCCAAGGCGCAUAUUCCUUGUCAGCCCAGACUCUCUGAGGGAACUUGGAAUCCAACACACUUGAUGCCAAAGGAGGAUACAGAUGAAGGUUAGGUGGUUUACAGAAAGAAUGGUGAUGAGAUUAAACAUCCUGCAUACCCUAGUUAGGACUUUUGAUGGACCAUCAAUCCAAGCCCAGCUGGUAUUGGAUGGGGGGCACAAAUGGACAAUGGCGUGUUGAGUCCUGGUCGCAAGCUGAGUUGGCCCCAAUCAAGCCAUGUGCAGUAUUGAGGCCUGGAUAGCAAGCUGAGUGACGCCGGACCCAGCCGUGCUCCAGAUCCAGCUCUAUGUGAAAAUGGGUUGUCCUUAGAUUAGCCGGUCCGCCCCUCAAGUGGGCUACAAAUAAAUAUACACCGAAUUUAAGUCACACCAAACCCCGCGAACCGGAUUAUGGAUCAUCUUUGAUCCAAACAGCUAUUAUGAUUUACAAUUCUCUGAUUUAUGUAAUAUUGGCAUGUGUAAUAUAUAAUACAAGGUAUGUGGGAUGCAUUCAUUUCAUUACUGCAAUUACAAGUUACAACGUCAGUUUUGGAUAUGUAUUAAUAUUAUGUAUACUUAACUAAUGAUACAAAUGAUCCUUCUUCGCGGACCAUGUCAGAAUAAGCGGUCCACUAUA